UUUGCCGCUCCGACGCGCUGGAGUCGGGAGUACCCAUCCUGACCAUGAAGGGCCGCAAAGGCAUUGAGAACCCGGCUUUCGUCCCCUCCAGCCCAGACACCCCGCGCCGCUCGUCUGCAUCGCCCUCUCACGUCGAGGUCUCUGCCUUGGCCACCAACACCCAGAGAGCGGAUUCCCAGCCACAGGAGUCUCAGGAGCCCCAGAAGUCACCGGAGCCACUUCUGCCUCCAGCAACUCCCCCCGGCGCCCAGGAGCGGGCCGGGCCGGAGUCGCUGUCCGAGUUUGAGGAGGGGCCCUGCGGCUGGGGGAGCUUCCAACCCCGGUGUCUCCAGCGCUGCAACACUCCCCAGGGCUUUCUGCUUCACUACUGCCUCUUGGCCCUUUCGCAAGGCGUUGUAGUAAAUGGCCUAGUAAAUAUCAGCAUUUCCACGAUUGAGAAGCGCUAUGAGAUGAAGAGUUCCCUGACGGGCCUGAUAUCAUCAAGCUAUGAUAUCUCAUUCUGUUUGUUGUCUUUGUUUGUAUCAUUCUUUGGUGAAAGAGGACACAAACCAAGAUGGCUUGCGUUUGCAUCCUUUAUGAUAGGACUAGGAGCACUUGUAUUUUCAUUGCCAAAAUUUUUUAGUGGAAAAUACCAAUUGGGAUCACUUUUUGAAGAUACUUGCUUAACAACAAGGAAUAGAACCAGUUGUACCUCUUCAAGUUCUUCACUUUCUAGCUACUUGUAUGUCUUCAUCUUGGGACAACUAUUGUUGGGUACAGGAGGAACUCCUCUGUAUACCCUGGGAACAGCCUUUAUUGAUGAUUCUGUGCCCACACACAAGUCUUCUCUCUAUAUAGGAAUUGGCUAUUCUAUGUCAAUAUUAGGCCCUGCUAUUGGCUAUGUGUUGGGAGGACAACUGCUAACCCUGUACAUUGAUGUUGGUAUGGGAGAAAGCAUUGAUAUCGCUGAGGAUGAUCCGCGAUGGCUGGGGGCGUGGUGGAUUGGAUUUCUUGUGUCUUGGCUCUUUGCUUGGUCUUUGAUAAUACCUUUUUCUUGCUUUCCAAAACACUUACCAGGUACAGCAAAAAUUCAAGAUGGAAAAACUUCCCAGACUCAUCAGAAUAAGAGUAGUUCCUUAAAACACACAGAUGAGAAUUUUGGGAAAAGUUUUAAAGAUUUUCCAGCAGCUCUAAAGAAUUUGAUGAGGAAUACUGUCUUUAUGUGUUUAGUUGUAUCAACUUCUUCAGAAGCCUUAGUUACUACUGGAUUUGCUACAUUUUUACCUAAAUUUAUAGAAAAUCAAUUUGGAUUGUCAUCCAGUUUUGCAGCUACCCUUGGAGGGGCUGUUUUAAUUCCUGGAGCUGCUCUUGGUCAGAUUUUAGGUGGUGUCCUUGUUUCUAAAUUCAAAAUGGCGUGUAAAAACACAAUGAAGUUUGCUCUGCUUACGUCUAUGGUUGCACUUGUGCUAAGUUUUGUAUUUCUUUAUGCCAACUGUGAAAAUGAGCCAUUUGCUGGUGUGUCUGAAUCAUAUAAUGGGACAGGAGAACUGGGAAACUUGACCGCUCCUUGUAAUGCUGAUUGUAACUGCAUGCGAUCAUAUUAUUAUCCUCUCUGUGGAGGAAAUGGAGUCCAAUAUUUUUCUCCCUGCUUUGCAGGUUGUAAAAGUUCUGUUUCAAAAAGCAAGUCAAAGGUAUAUUACAACUGUUCCUGUAUUGAAAGGAAAACAGAAAUAACACCUACUGCGGCAAGUUCUGGUUUUGAAGCUAAAGCUGGAAAAUGUGAAACUCGAUGUAAACAUUUGCCCAUAUUCCUGGGCAUUUUCUUUGUUACAGUUAUUUUUACCUUUAUGGCUGGUACUCCUAUAACUGUGUCCAUCCUAAGGUGUGUUGAUCAAAGGCAACGGGCUCUAGCAUUGGGAAUACAGUUUAUGUUGCUUCGAUUAUUAGGCACAAUACCUGGACCAAUUAUAUUUGGUGUCACCAUAGACAGCACAUGUAUUCUCUGGGAUAUUAAUGAAUGUGGAAUUAAAGGAGCUUGCUGGAUGUAUGAUAACAUCAAGAUGGCCCAUAUGCUAGUGGCCAUAUGUGUUACUUGUAAAGUUAUCACCAUUUCCUUCAAUGGGCUUGCAGUCUUUUUGUAUAAACCACCACCAGUAGGCACAAAUGUGUCAUUUCAGAAUCAGAAAGCAGUUGUGACUGCUGUUUCAUUAGAAUGUGAUCUCAACAAAUCAAGAAGUGAAGGGUGAAAUAGAAAAAGAGGAGACUAUUUUACAGCUGGAAAAUUCGCCUUCAUUUGUAAGAAUGUACAAUGCCAUUGCAGCAUUAUCUACCCAAU